CGGUGGGGAAGUGCUUGCUUGUCAGUCAGUCUGUUGGUGGGUUUGUCUUGGGAGUGGCGGAGGGAGAAACGAGACGAUGGCGGCCACGGCAGCGGGCGGCGGUCGCUGGGAGGUGGUGAGGAAGGGCCGGCGGCCUGGGGGCGGUGGCGGCGGAGGAGGAGGCGGCGGGAGCCGCCGAGCACUCGGGGAAGCGAAUCGGGCGCGGAGCAUCGAGUUGGUCCCUGCCAUCCAGCCCUCAGGCACCCUUUUUGAGCUAGGCUUCCAGAAGGCCAUGAAAAAGCACAACAAGGAGCAAGUUCCCCCACCAGCUCCCACGGAGCAGAAGAAAACGGCCAAAAAAAACAAGAAGGCAGCGUCAGCUCUUGCUGACCAGAGCUCCAAGCAGGGCCGCUUUCGAAGCCUGGAGGAGGCACUAAAGGCUCUAGAUGUGGUAGCUCUGCAAAAAGAAAUGGAGAAGAGCCAGAGCAUGUUCUCUGGGAACCCCUCGGUUUGGGUGAAGGACCUAGCUGGAUAUCUCAACUACAAGCUACAAGCACCUCAGAGUGAACCUACAUUAAGCCAGCAUACACACGAUUACCCCUACAGCCUGGUGGGCCGAGACCUUCGUGGAGUCAUUCGAGGACUAUUGGGGAAAGCAUCUAGUGUCCUGGAACUCUUCUUUGAUCAUUGUCUCUACACUAUGCUGCAGGAAUUGGACAAGACUCCAGGUGAAUCACUCCACGGGUACCGAAUCUGUAUUCAAGCAGUUCUGCAAGAUAAGCCCAAGAUUGCUACCAUGAACUUAGGCAAGUAUCUUGAGCUACUGAGAUCCCAUCAGAAUCGACCAGCAAAGUGUUUGACCAUCAUGUGGGCACUGGGACAAGCAGGCUUUGUCAACCUAACAGAGGGACUGAAAGUGUGGCUGGGGAUCAUGUUGCCUGUGCUGGGAAUCAAGUCUCUAUCUCCCUACUCCAUUGCUUAUUUGGACCGACUACUGCUGAUGCAUCCAAACCUCACCAAGGGCUUUGGCAUGAUUGGCCCCAAAGACUUCUUCCCACUUCUGGACUUUGCCUACAUGCCCAACAACUCCCUGGGACCCAGCCUACAAGAACAGCUUUGUCAGCUCUAUCCCAGACUGAAAGUCCUGGCAUUUGGUGCAAAGCCAGAAACGACCCUGCAUACCUACUUCCCCUCCUUCUUGUCCAGAGCCACCCCUAACUGUCCCCCUGAAAUGAAGAAAGAGCUCCUGAGAAGCUUGACUGAAUGUCUGGCCCUGGAUAGCCUCAGUUUCAAUGUUUGGAGACAACUGUACACCAAGCACCUGUCACAGUCCAGCCUGCUGCUGGGACAUAUGCUGGAGACUUGGGACCAAACACCUAAGAAGAUGAGGAAGUCUUUGCAAGAAAUAAUUCGGUCCUUCAAAAUUACAAAUGAGGAGCUCCUGAGGAAAGGGGGAAAUAACACUCAGGACAUCACAGCCUGCAAUACCAUUUGCAAGGGCCUAUUGCAGCAAGCAUGUGGUCGUCAAAUGCCGUGGACGCAGCUGCUCCUCGUGUUCCUGGUGUUUGCAGCUGGCUUCCUGUUCCAUGACCUCCGGUCCCAUAGCUCCUUCCAGACUUCCCUAUCAGGCCGUGUGUUACAGUCAUCCGGCUUCCUGCCUGUUGGUGAGGAAGCCUGUGCCAAGCUCUACUACUAUGGUCUUCAAGGUUAUAGCUGGCUAGAGGAGACAUUACCUGUCUUCGGUUCUCACUUGAUGGCAGUGCUAGAACCCAGCUUACAGCUGGCCUGGAGCCAGACCAACACAACAGUCACCUAUAUCUCUACCCAUUGUGUGUCCUGUCUGUCUUGGGCCUAUGAGAACCUUCCUGGCAUCUUCCAGAAACUGCAGGUCCAGUUCCCAGACUCGUCGCAUCUGCUCCUACAGCUAAGAGAGAUGUUCCUGCUCUUUUACCAGGACUUUGUGUACCCCCUCUGGCACAUGUUACUUACUGCACUAGCCCAGGUCCAGGAGUACUGCCGGGAGGCCUGCAGAGGUGAUGUGACCUGGGACUGCAUAAAGACACAGCUGAGUGAGUUCGCCCAUUGGAUUUGGCUCUGCCUAGAAGACACCACCUUUGCCCUAGUGGACUGGGCAUUGACCAUGAUAUCCCAGCAGUAGGCCCUGCCUGAGCAGUCACUUGUUUCCAUUUCAGAAAGGCCAACAAAGACUGUUGAGGGGCAGGGGAAUAUGCAUGGGAGUAUGUGUCUGCAUGAAUGUCUUUUUUGCUCUUGUUAACUUGGUGCCUCUUGUUUUGGCCUUAUCCCAUCUCUGCAAAGUGACCUGCUGCCUCUGCCCUAGUACACCCUUUGAAGAGGCAUGAGCCUAGAUUCUGUCACUUCCUGCAGGCCCUCAAUCUCCUAUAUGUGCCCCAUAGAACUCUUAUGCCUGACCCUGUGUCACCCAGCUCUUCGGCUCUCCAGGAAAACAUCUGGCAAUUUGUGCUCUUCUGGGAAUUUCUUCUUUACUGUCCUGUGUCCUUAAAGGUACAAAAACAGUUCAUCCACAAAGAGACUAAACUCACAGUGAGAGUUCCUUGCCUCCUCCGACAGACCUGUUGUUCCCAGGCUCCUGAGCCCCAAGGAAACAUACCUGGAAAGCUGGGAAGCAUGAGGAAGGGCACGAAGUGGCCAGCGGGCUUCGGUGCCUAUUCUCAGUCACAACUUCAGCCAUAAUAGCAAGCUGCUGAUAACAAGAGCAAGAGCUACAGGGACAUUAGAAAGCACACACACAUCUUAGCACCCUGGACAAGGCCACCAAGGUCUGUUGGUUGGCCUAAAGGUAGCACUGAAAAUAGAUUCCUCUUACACGCGCCUUAUGCCGUCAGAGCCCUCCAGCUGGUCCACCAUCACCAUUCCUAGCCCAGUAUAAUGGAGUAGAAGAAAAAAUAAGGCGGGUUGUCAGGGAUGUGAGUCUCAUAUGGCUCAGCUGCUCCUUUCUUCUCUUAUCCCCAUCUACCCCUCAGGCCUAGGGCUCUACCAGAGUUCAGUGAUUAUGUGCCUGCUCCCCACCUUAGGCCCAGGGACCUCUUCCUCAAGCAUCCCAGUGGAACGGAGGGCUCUCAGUAUGUCUUCUGAGUCCUGUAUAUGCCUACUGAGUGGAAUAAAAAACACAGAUUUGAUCUCUCGCUGUUGUGUUUUGGGAACUCCUCCGCCCCAAGAUCUUUGGGUUGGUUGGAAUAAACAAAUCUACCCAGUGUA